GAAUGCGUGUUUGAAAAUGUCGAGUUAAAAAAGGAAGUUUUUAAGGACAUGGAUAAGUAUGUUUCAAAAAAUGGCGUGCUAUGUAGUUCAACGAGUUGUUUCCCGGCUUCUUCAUUUACGGAGGAGUUAGUGCAUCGAUCACAAGUAGUAGUUGGACAUCCAGUUAAUCCACCUUAUUACGUGCCUCUUGUUGAAAUAGUGCCUGCACCAUGGACAGAUCCCUCUGUUGUAGACAAAACAAGGGCUCUAAUGGCUGAAAUAGGACAAAAGCCUGUCGUACUAAAGAAAGAAUUACCAGGAUUCGCACUGAAUCGAAUUCAGUACGCUUUGAUUGAUGAGUGUUAUCGAAUAUAUCAGGAUGGAAUUAUGUCAUUAGAAGACAUUGAAACAUCAAUAUGCGACGGUUUAGGACUUCGAUAUGCAUUCAUCGGACCAUUAGAGACAUGCCAUUUAAACGCUGAAGGCAUGCGUGAUUAUUGCAACCGAUAUGGUGAAGGUAUUUACAAAGUUUCCCAAACCUUUGGGCCCAAUCCUCUGAUGGAAGGUGAAGAAUUGCAGAGAUUGGAUGAAGACAUUUGCAAGAUAAGUCCUCUUGAGAAAAUGUCAGAACGACGCCAAUGGCGAGAUGCUAGAUUGUCAGCCCUUUCAAAAAUGAAAAGGGUACUAGAGGAAUCAGAAAAAGCACAAUGAAAAUCCAGGCAUUAAUUACUUAUCUUUGAAAUAUUGUCUUCAUAUUCUGUAAUUACAUUUAUUGGUGAUUGUAAAGCAACACGACAUAAUAAAUUUCUGUGAAUCAUUUAUUAAGUUGUUAAAAAUAAAAAAUGCAAUUGUUUUA